AUGAUAAUAAUCUUCAUUUUAAUAUCUAUAACUCGUCAGACUAUAAUUUAUGAGUUUAAUGCUAAUUCUUAAACAAAAGAUGGUAAUUUCUUUAUUUAUAUUAGGAUGGGAAGGUAGUUCUAAUUUCGAUACCUGUGUCUUCUAUUAUAGUAGGAUUUUUUUAGAUCUAGAACCUCAUUCUCAUAUUACAGUGAAUGCCCAAUUUAUAAGGUAUUUAAUAUACUUAAUAACAAAAGCAUUGAUAGCAAUCCUCCAACUUAAUUCUACAUAGACUCAAAAAUAUAAAUAAUGUGUAAGUGA